AUGGUGCCCUGCCAAUCCAACCUGACACCAAACUGGAACUUUAAUCAACAUUCGCAUGCGCAAGAUGCAAAAGUAAUCGCUGAUUUGCCAACGCCGAUGACAACAUACACGGCGUACAUGCCGGCUCUGAACCGGGCGGGAUGGUACAAAUUCUUCUUUCUUGAGAUGAUGCACGCGCCAGAAGAUAUCGGUGAUUUGAUGGCACUGUGCGCAGACACGUAUAAGCCGGGGGUGCUGAACCACCCCGACCUCAACAAGCGGGACAAAACAGAAAUGCCAGCACUGCAGGCCAGAGCUGCAGAAAUCCAGACAUUUGCAAUCGGGCGCGUGUGUGAGGAGACGAAGGCUGCGAUGGCAGUCGACCCCGAUGUUCUUCCGGCGCACACGCACUCUACCGCACCUACCUCGGGACCCACGCAGACUGGGGCAGGUAUGACGCCACAGGACAUGACGGUGAGCAUGCACAAGAUGCAGGCAGAGCGGCAGUUGAAUGACAUGGCAGCCUGGAAAUGGUAG